UUAUGGUUAACUUUAAUAAAUUGUUUAUGUUUUCGUUUUGUUUGGUUUUGCUUGCAAUUUUGGUAGGAUUGUAGGCGUGGGUACUGGGAGUUUCUCUGUUUAGUAAUUCAGUUUUAGUUAUUGUGAAUUAUAGCAUUGUGUGUUAUAGCAUUGCAAAAUAUGAAAUAACUUUUUAAAAUUAAAAAAAUGGGCUGUACUCAAAGUGAAAUUUCACCUCAAAAUGAAACCCCUCGAAAAGGUUGUACUGAUAUUUUGUGGGUGGUAAUUUAUGUUAUUUUCUGGAUAUUGAUGAUAAUAAUAGCCUCAAUAUCAUUUGUGUAUGGAAAUCCACAAAGAUUAAUAAAUGGCUAUGAUUCAUUUGGUAAUACUUGUGGUGUCAAAACUAACAAAAAGCUAAUUGAUUACCCAUUAGCUGGUAUCAGUACUGCUGAUAAGAAAUAUCUUUUUUUCUUAAAUAUAAAAGAUAUUCGAAAAUCUCUUAAGAUAUGUGUGAAACAAUGCCCAAAUAGGAAGAUGGAAUCUUUCAAAGACAUUCAAAAUUUUUACAAGGAGACUGGUUCAAAUCUUUGUAGUCAUGACAUAAAUCUCGAUAAUACAACAAGUGCAAAAGAAUUGGAUAAUAGUUUAAAAUGGCUAUGCCCUACUUUGCCUGUAUAUGACUCCUUUCCACUACUUAAUAGGUGUUUUCCGAAAUCAGCGACUGAUUUAGGAAAAAAGGUAUUCACAGAUUUCUAUGCUUUGCUUAACAGUUGGGAUACUAUUGAACAGAUGUUAUCUGACCUUUAUUCUUCUUGGAAGGAAAUGAUCAUUUGUGUUAUAGUUGCAUUUAUUUGUUCGUUAAUAAUGGUGUCUAUUUUACACUUAUUGGCCACUUUGGUUUCUUGGAUAUUUAUGAUCAUAGUGUCAAUAGUGAGUGUAGCUGGAACAGCUCUGUUAUGGUAUACAUAUCAUGAAUUAAAAACAAAACAAAAAGAUUUUUCUGACACCACUAUAGGUCUAGCUGAGUCCUUCAAAAAUGAAAAGGCCUUUUUAUGGUACUCAAUCAUAGCUACAAUAAUAACAGUAAUACUCUUGCUGUUAGUCUGGGUUAUGCGGUCACGUGUAUCAUUUUUGGCAGCAUUAUUCAAAGAAACAGCUCAUUGUUUAGGAUCAAUUCCUGCAUUAUUCUUACAGCCAAUUAUCACAUUUUUCUUCCUAAUAUUAUUUUUUACAUUCUGGUCUCUUGUUGUGGUCAGCUUGGCAACAGCUAAUUAUCCAGGCACAAAUAAUUUCCUUAUAAAUGGUACACAAUCAUCAGCGAAUGUGCAAAAUGCUGCAGUUCGAACACAAAAUAUGAACAAGAGCACUAAUUGGAAGAGUUAUAUUCUAGAUGACAUACAGUUUGAUCCAAUGUGGGUAAAGAGCAUGUGGUGGAUGUGUCUGAUUUGUCUCGUUUGGGGAAGUGAGUUUAUACUCGGAUGCCAACAGAUGACAAUUGCAGGUGCUGUUUCACAUUGGUACUUUAGAGGUCCAAAUGCUCAUCCAUCACCAGUUUUAUAUUCGAUUGGAAAACUUCUAAAGUAUCACCUGGGAUCCGUAGCUAAGGGAUCAUUCUUAAUUACACUUUUCAAAGUUCCCCGGCUUAUUCUAACUUUUUUACAUGCUAAGUUAUCGGCAAGAGCUGAAAAGGGUUCAGACUGCGCCAAAUGCGGCUUGAAAUGUUGUAUUUGCUGUUUCUAUUGUUUGGAAAAGUUUAUACGAUAUCUGAACCAUAAUGCAUACACUAUCAUUACCAUCGAGAGGUGCAAUUUUUGUAAAGCUGCGGCAAAGGCUUUUAGCACUAUAGUAAACAACGCGUUACAAGUGGCGACAAUCAACAGCGUGGGAGACUUCAUUUUGUUCCUGGGCAAGUGUAUCGUCACCGCGGUCACCGGGAUCAUCGGCCUGCUGUUGUUGAAGCGAAACACCGAUUUACAUUUCUACGCAGUUCCUACGCUCGUCAUAUGCAUAUACUCUUUCUUCAUCGCGCACUGUAUACUUUCUUUAUAUGAGAUGGUAGUGGACUGCCUUUUCCUCUGCGUGUGCGAGGACCGGAACAUGAACAGUGCGGACGGGCGAUGGAAGAACUCGCGCCUCGCAGAGCUGGGCACCGUCGGCGACGGAGCCGAGACACAGGACUUGCAAGAGAAGUACUGAUUCUUGCUAGUGCAUGCACCUGAUUUGUAUUGUGAUAAUCGUGUUUGUUAUAUGAAGCAUUCAAAUUUACUAAAUUGCAUUACCAAUUUGAAUUAUUUUCACAGUAUUAUUUAGGUGCAGCUGCAUUUUGACACAUUUUUAAAUUAUAUUUAUUAUAAUUGAUAGGUGUUCUAGGAUCUAAGGCAACGUUUGUACUAGAAUAGAAAUCGAUAUUUGAAUAUUUAUUACUAAAUUUAAUAUCGCUAAAUAUUCAAUUGACAUAAUCUCAGAAAUUGUGAUUUUACUUUUUUUUAUAAUUUUAUACACUAUUAUUGAAAAAAGUUACAAGAUUUUUUUAAUACGUAAAGAGUACAAGUUAUGAAGUAAUGAAUAGAGAACUCAUUUUGUAUUUAGAGAUUCUCAAAUGCCAUUCCAUUAAAGGUUUAUAUUAAAGAAACAUACUCAUUGCACAAGUUGCACAAGUUGUUUUAUAUAUUUCUAGGACACCCAAUUUGGUGCUGUGUAUCCUAUUGUGGCUUAUAGUUUCAUAAAUAAGCACAUAUUGUUCAUAUUGUUAAUUGAAUACAUAUAGUUUAUCAAAAUCACGUUUCCUCCAAGCACAAGGAUUUUUUUUAUUAUCCUUUUAUUAUUUGGAUGAUGAAUAAUCAUUUCGACUUUGAUUGGAAUCUCAUUAAUACUAAGGGAUAUCAAUUACAGUAAGAGAGAAAAUAAGAUUUAGUUUUCUACAAAAUCAUGUUUUUAUAAUGACAUAAAUACAAUGCCGUCCCCUUCUAAGUAAACUAAGCAUAAUCAAUGUAUUUAAGAACUGUGUUUUGUAAAUUUUAACAAUUUCUAUUAAUUUUAAUUGUAACAGGCAGUUUUUGCCAUAGAAUGUAACAUAUUUUACAUUUCUUUGGAGCUCAUAUUUUUUUAGAUUUAGGUUAGAUUAUAUAUUUUUAUAGAACUGUUUUCUAUUCUUUUUGACAUUUAAUUAUAAGAAUAUUAUAAAUUUGUUUUAUAAAAAACGAACCUGAGUACAUAAUUCUCAAAUCAAUUAUUUAGGCAUCAUAAUAUAAAUUAUAUUUAACUUGAAAUUG